GCCGUAUAGCCCCCAAGAGUCUUUUCACCACCAAAGUUACAUUUUGAGUCUGUUCAUAGGCAAGGCAUGGCUUCAUCUAUCACUCUGAUCGCAGUCUUUUCAAUUGCCCUGUUUGCAUGCAUCACUGAAGCAAGGAAGAAUCCUACGGACUCUUUGCAAUCUGCUGGCAUUAAUGAGCAUACUGAGGACAAUCACCACGCAGAGUUGUCCCUUUCCAAUCAGAAGAAGACAAGUGAUGGUAACACAUUGAAGGAUUUCGAGUCGAAGCCGGGCUCCUUACUCUGGAACUAUCAAGGCAACCACGCUGAGUCUAAGUCUAAGGAAGAGAAGCCUCUUAUGAAAGACUUUGAGUCGAAACUCGGUUCCUUACUACUCUAUCACUAUCAAGGCAACCACGCUGAGUCUAAGUCUAAGGAAGAGAAGCCUCUUAUGAAAGACUUUGAGUCGAAACUCGGUUCCGUACUACUCUAUCACUAUCAAGGCAACCACGCUAAAUCUAAGUCUAAGGAAGAGAAGCCUCUUAUGAAAGACUUUGAGUCGAAACUCGGUUCCUUACUACUCUAUCACUAUCAAGGCAACCACGCUGAGUCUAAGUCUAAGGAAGAGAAACCUCUUAUGAAAGACUUUGAGUCGAAACUCGGUUCCUUACUACUCUAUCACUAUCAAGGCAACCACGCUGAGUCUAAGUCUAAGGAAGAGAAACCUCUUAUGAAAGACUUUGAGUCGAAACUCGGUUCCUUACUACUCUAUCACUAUCAAGGCAACCACGCUGAGUCUAAGGAGGUGAAAGAUAAUUAAUGUCCAGGGAAGCCGCAACUUUACCUCUGAAUGGACUACGGACAUAUAUGUCUUCUAGCUGGUCUGAUUUUCUCCAAGCGUUCCGUAUAAUGUGUGAUAUGUAAUAAAUGCAGUUCUUCUUUCAACCAAGCGUUCCGUAUAAUUAAUUAAAUGAAAGUCAGUAACGUUGAGUGCAUUUUUUGUUUC